UUCCAUCACAGACGGACGGGAUGAGAGAGAGGGCGGGCAGUGCGGUCCAGCCAAAGCCGCUGACGCCACUCGAACAACAGGACCGAAGAAACUGCCUGUUUUUUUCUCCAGUCCGGCGGUGGCAGCGGCGCACUUUGACGCUUCAACAGCCUUGGGGGUUUAUUUAAAAAAAGACAAGCUGUUGGGAGUGCCAUGAAAACAGAAGAUUAAAGACAAAUACAACUGGCGGCUAACAAAAACAACAAGGGGAGUGAAAGAGAGGGGAAAGUAGAGCAAGAGAGGGGAUAUAUUUUCUCUAAAAGCAGACAUGGCAGAUGCAGAGCUGGAUUUCCAGACUGGCGAUGCCGGGGCAUCCGCCACCUACCCCAUGCAGUGCUCCGCCCUGCGCAAAAAUGGCCAUGUCGUGCUUAAAGGACGACCCUGCAAGAUCGUUGAGAUGUCCACCUCUAAGACAGGCAAGCACGGCCACGCUAAGGUCCACCUGGUCGGCAUCGACAUCUUCUCCGGGAAAAAGUAUGAAGACAUCUGUCCUUCUACCCACAACAUGGACGUGCCCAACAUCAAGAGAAUGGACUACCAACUGAUUGGUAUCCAAGAUGGCUAUCUGUCCCUGCUCCAGGACAGUGGAGAGGUUCGAGAGGACCUAAAAAUCCCUGAGGGCGAUCUGGGCAAAGAGAUCGAGAACAAACACGACAACGGCGAGGAGAUCCAGGUGACUGUUCUCAAUGCGAUGGACGAGGAAGCCGCCAUCGGCAUUAAAGCCUUGGGUAAAUAGGGACUUGCACUGGACACCUGUGAGGGGUGGGGAGAAAAGGGAAGGACACAAUUCUCUGUCUUUUUCCUCUUUCUUUUCCCCCACACUUUCUCAUGGGUCAUUUUUACAGAUGUAUUAAUUAUGACAAAUGAUUUCAAGGUGGAUUUUGAGGUCGAGCUAACCCUUUGUGGCACUAAUGUUUUUUUAAUAUCAUAAGGGCUUUAUCCGAAGAUUUGCUCAUUUUAUGUUUAGCACCUAUUUUAUUGCAAUUUAUUUGAAGUUGGCCCUUAAUCCUCUUCCUCUUUUUUUACUUUCUGCAACAUCAAUGAUCACAUGGCAAUGAACACCAACACAGUAAAAUCAAAGUAUCAGGUUCAUCCUCCUUAGAAAUAAAGCAUUACAUUUUAAAAUAAACAAUUACUGGUCAUUUAUGACAACUAAUAUCAUUUUGGUAGAACACUCCUCAAACAAUAUUUAAUAUUUUUUCAUAUAUCAUUAUUUCUUAUAACUUUUUUUAAAGCCAUUUAAAACUUUAUAAUCAAGAAAUAAGAAUAGAUGAUUUAACAGAAUAAAUAUAUAAACCAAUAUUUUGAGAAAAAUAUUUGAGCUUAACUUUCAAAAUUCCAUAUUUUGCCGUGCAAUCCACUUUUUUUUUUUUUUUUCCGUUUUGUUUGUUUCGCCACUGCAACAAUCAAGCAUCUGUCCGCAGCGCCCAGAAUUGAUUUUAUUCAAAGGGUGGAAAUUAUUCAAGUUUCCUCUGAAGGAAAGAUUACAAUGUAUUAAAUCUACAAACUGCUAUAAAAUGGUACAAAAGUGGCGAGUUAUUUUCAUGUAGACAAAUCCCAUAAUUCUACCAAUUUUCCCAGGAGAGUUGCCAUUUUACUUUGAAGUGCUAAUGUUGAUGCUCCUCAGACCUGCAGAAUUAGACAAACCUUGUAAAGGUGUUUGAUUUUUGGAGCUAAAUUAACAGUGACGCAUAAAAAUGUUGUGAAUAUAAUGUUGAAAGAAAAACCAAAAAAAAAACCGACCCAAAGCCUUGUCCAGCUGUUUACUGACGCUCAUGUUUGAACAACUUUUACUGCAAAUGAGUAUUGGCCUCCUGGACUAGUAAUAAUCGGCCGAUCUCUGCUUUUGAUGUGUGUGAGGUCUGGGAAAAAACUCUAGUAACUAAAAAGAUUGGAAUAAAUAGGUAAAAACUGCUAAAUAUACCAUAUUUUUCGGACUAUAAGGCGCAUAUAAAAAAAAAUCCUUUCAUUGUCUUAAAACUCGACAGUGCGCCUAAUAAACUGAAUAAUUUUGGUUGAUAAGUGUGACCAGUAGAUGGCAGUCACAUAUUGGAGAUAUGUGUAGACAGCAAUAUGACUCAAGUAAACACCAAAAUGUUAUAUGUUCCAUUGAAAAUAUAGAACAUUACACACGGAGCUCAAGAAUCCAUCAAAAUGUAUUAGUACGACUUUUGUAUCUAUGAAGCCGCAUCGCAUGAAUGGAUUGUGCUUCAACAUAGGAGUAUUAUUACGGUGUGAGUAUAAUGUAAAACAUAUUAUCUGUCGUUUUGUUUGGCAAUAUUAUGCAAAAGCAACUUUUCUUACCUUCUGGUACCUGCUAAACUGUAUUUGGGAUCUGCAUAUGUCCUGAAAAUUUGCACGAGUCCCCCUUUGUAGUUUGUGCCGACACCGUAGCCGAUAAGCUUCUUCUUUUUCACUAUCUUCAAGUUAUGGGACAUUCAUCCUCCGCUGUUGCCAUUUCUAAUAUAAAGUAGUUUAAAGUUCUUACUUAUAUCUGUCAGUAAACUCGCCAUGAAAGAGCUAAAACAUACCGGUGUAGUGAGUUUACAUUAUUCACCCAAGAAACUUUAGUUAUUAAAGAGUUCCGGUCGGACAGUUUUUCACGGGACACAUUUCCAGCGUUGUUGCACUAGUGAGCCACGGAUGAGGAGAUGCUGCUCGGUUGUUGAUUUAAGUAAAGUUUGAAUGUCAUUAAAACCGUUAACUCCUA